GCAGUGAAGCAUUCAGCGCUUACGUUCCACCCUUGUGGGGAGGGCCAGGAGGAGGACCGUAUGUUACUAAACCGGCAGGAGACCAAAGCGCAUCGAACCUGGGGAGAGACGGAACGCAAAUCGCAGCACCGUUCAAUAAGGCAUAAGCAGCUCUUUUUGGAGGUAAAGUGGGGCUACCCAAUCCAGAAUCUUCAUCAUGGGCAUGAAGGAGAAUUUUGGUUCCUGGUUAGACAGCAAUGAAGCCAGAGCAGAAGUCCAUACUGAGACAAAGACCGGAAGCACCAACCAGUGCUCCACAGAGACGGACAACUCGCUCCAAUCCACCUGCCUCGAUGAUGAUGACGAAGAGGCUCGGAGGAGUCAAGCUGGUCAGAGCCAUGACUAUGAUGAAGAAGAGGGUCACAUGGUCUACCACAUAGGCCUUGUGAUGAAGGAACGCUAUGAGGUGAUCUCUACACUGGGAGCAGGAGCCUUCGGAAAGGUGGUGAAGUGUAUUGAUCGAGACAAGGGUGUGCAGGUAGCAGUGAAGAUCGUGCGGAACAUCAAAAGCUUCCGUGAGGUAGCAAAGUCUGAGAUUGCAGUCCUAGAAGAGAUCAACACGUUGGAUGAUGACAACAGAUUUGCCUGUGUCCGAAUGCUGGAGUGGUUCGAGCACCAAGGCCACGUGUGCAUGGUGUUCGAACUUCUGGGCCUCAGCACCUAUGAGGUCCUUCGCCAAAAUGACUUCCUGCCGUACAGCGUGGACCAGAUCCGACACAUGGCCUUCCAGAUCUUCAGAGCCGUCAGCUUCCUGCAUCGUAAUAAGUUAACCCACACUGAUCUAAAACCAGAGAACAUCCUGUUUGUCUGCUCUGACUACGAUCUGGAGUACAACGAUGACAGGAAACGCGACGAAAGGAAGAUGAGGUGUCUGGAUGUAAAGGUGGUGGAUUUCGGAACCGCCACGUUCGACCAUGAACGGCAUGAACCGCUGGUGUCGACCCGCCACUAUCGAGCCCCCGAGGUCAUACUGGAUCUCGGCUGGAAUCAGUCGUGUGAUGUUUGGAGUUUGGCCUGCGUUCUUAUGGAGUACUAUCUUGGGCAGACACUCUUCCCGACCCAUGACAGUAAAGAACAUCUUGCCAUGAUGGAGAAAAUCUUGGGACCAAUCCCUCCGCACCUGCUGAAACACACCAGAAAACAACACUACGUGCACAACGAGCAGCUGGACUUUGACGAGCAGAGCUCCUCCGGUGAAUACAUCAGGAAACACUGCAAGCCACUCAAGCAGUACAUGCAGAGGAAGAGUGAGGACGAGAGGCAGCUGUUUGACCUGCUCGGCUGCAUGCUGGAGUACGACGUGGGCAGGCGCAUCACCCUGGAGGAGGCGCUUUGGCACCCCUUCUUCAGCCCCAUGAGGACGCAGAAGCAGAAGCGAAGCUAACAGACACACACACACACACACACACACACACACACAGAAAUACACUCAACAUCUACCUCGACCUGGCGCUUUAAAAUAUGACUUUCCUGACAGGCAUUAAUGAUGUGGUGAUUAGCAUUCCUGUCACUUAUUUGACAUUGGGUCGUCACAUUUAGUGCAGGGGUGUCCAAACCUUUUCCACGAGGGCAGCAUAGAGACGACAGGAGGAUGCUUUGAUAUCCUUCACCUUUGUGUUCAUUAAACACGCUAAAAAAAUGCAGUGUACGUCAAAAUAUGCUGAUAUUUCAAAAGAAAAAAUGAAGAGCCUACAUCACAGGCGGGUGAUACAACUGUACACGUUUUUGGUAUUGAGCCGAUAUCAAGUAAAUACAGGACCAGUAUCACAGAUACCGAUACUUUUCUUUUCAAGAUCAUUGAAUGAUUUUGUGUUUUUUGCCUUUGAAUUGUUGAGCAUGAUUAUAAUCAGAAUAAAACACACUUAUUUGUGAGCAAUUUAACAGUAUUUAAUACAGCAAUAUAAGACAAUGUAACAAUGUCAACACAAUAAUACCAUCAUCCCCGCUUAUUACAUACAAUUUUCUGUGAAGUCAAUAGUGCAAAAUAAGUAAACAAAAUCAAAACUACUGUUGGCUCUCAUUCAAAUCCUUUGGAUUUGUGCUCCUAUAACCCUCCUAAUUCUCUGGGUUUGUAAACACGUGUGACUGCACAGUAUGUAGUCGAACAACACAAGAAAAAACACACAGAUGUGAAAGUAGACCUGAAAAAUAUCAAUCUCAUCACGCUAGUAUCCAUCCGAUACCGAUACUACCCUGAUAUCAGCACUACCGAUAAAACCCCUUGAUAUUUGUGGCCCACAGGAUGAUGUCCCUGUGCGGCCCUAAUCCUGCAAUAAAAUCUUUCAAGUUUUGUUUAAUUGUUUGUAAUUUAAAAAAAAAAAAAAAAAAGCAGGGGGGCCACAAAUGGUGCACCCUAAAUAUACUGUAUGUGUGAAGCUGAAAAACAAAGUGAGAGAGCAAUUUUCGGUUUUCUGUUGUACAUUCUUGUGAAUAAAAUAUUAAAUAUGAAUACUGGUGAAUAAAUGAGUGCUUUUAGGUUUUGCUUUAUUAAAAUGAUUUUUAUUUCAUUGUUUUAAAUGUUUAAUUUAUUUGAUGUCUGCAAAUGUUUGGACUUUGAUACAAUGAAAAUACACACACACACACACACACACACACACACGCGCGCGCGCGCACACACACCCAGCAACUGAGGGUGAACUUGCCCCUGCUAAUUAGAUUAUAUAGACAGUGCAGCCUGCAGUCGCACCAAAGUCAAUAUGUAUCUAACCCAACCUAGAAAGCUUCCUUAUGGUCUGCUUGGUGGAGCUGACUAAGGCUGGGGGGGGGAAUGGAUGUUUAUUUAUCAAGAGGCUCAACAAGCGGGGAAGU